CGAGGGCACGGGGGAAACAGCUGGCCACUGGGACCGGACGGAACUCGACGGAACUGCGCGAAAAGAAGAAUGCUGCGUGCCGUGAGCGCGGCGCUGCGAGGAAUUGCAGCGAGGGUGACAAGUACAAAUGCAACAAAUUGCAUUACUUCAAGAUGCGAUCCUCUUUUGAAUUCUAUACAGCAAAGAGAGUUUGGGGCCCUAUCAAUUGCUGUUCAGAAAUGGGCAGCUGUUGGACCUACGCAACAUAAGACACUAAACCAUGCAGUGACGGAAAAUCGUUUAGCUUUACCAACAGAACCUAUCAAUGUACCAGUAAGAACGGUAAUCAAGUUUUCUAUGUCAAGAGGAAAGCGGCAGACCGUGAAGACAGUUUUAAAGCGUUUCUACCGACUGAACUGGGGUAUCUGGAUUAGAACAAGAUCAGGUCGACACAAUAAGCUAUGGACAAAAUCGACAUCCAGAAAGAAAAGGCUGAGGAAACACGUGUUCUGCAAUGCCACGCAGUCGACGCUUCUGGACAAAAUGGUAUCCAAGUACUGGAAGAGACGGCACUAUUACGUUGACGAUCCAUACGAACCGUAUCACGACCGCGAAGAGUUCAUAAUAACUCGGAAAAAACCGUUACCUUAUUCAUAAUCAUUUAAUAGUUAAUUGCUAGAUUAUAAGCUUUUGAUUGAAAAGAUAUUAAAGAAUAAUGCUAUUAAAAAAA